AUGGCGCUACAAUCGGCGCCGAAGCUGCUAUACUCGUCACCGUCUCCGUCGGUAUUCUCUGCCAACGAACGCCGUCUCAUCUUCGCUGACUUCGUCGGUCUUUCUAAGAAGCGUUCUCGACGCCGGAGAAUCGCCGGAACUUUCCGGAAUUUUCCGGCGGUUUCUGCUGUUUCGUCGGCGAUCAAGGCUGUUGUUGAUGACGUUGACCGUGUUCAUUCCUCUGGUUCUGCUACUCCUAGAGAAUCAACCUCUUCUAAUCCCUCCGAACAGCUGGCUGUAAAUUUGGAGGAUAUACUUGCAGAGAGAGGGGCUUGUGGUGUUGGUUUUAUAGCCAAUUUAGAUAAUAAGGGGUCAUUUCAGAUAGUUAGGGAUGCUCUUACUGCACUUGGUUGCAUGGAGCAUCGAGGGGGAUGUGGAUCAGAUGACGAUUCAGGUGAUGGCUCAGGAGUAAUGACUGCAAUACCCUGGGAUCUCUUUGAUGAUUGGGCCAAAGACCAAGGGAUUGGUCCUUUUGAUCGGACACACACUGGUGUUGGAAUGGUUUUUCUCCCCAAAGAAGAUAACCUGGCAGAAGAAGCCAAACAAGUUGUACUAAAUAUUUUUGCUCAAGAAGGUAUUGAGGUGCUUGGCUGGAGGUCUGUCCCCACUAAUAAAUCUGUUGUCGGUCGAAAUGCUAAAGAAACCAUGCCCAACAUACAGCAGGUUUUUGUUAGAGUUAUCAAAGAAGAAGGUGUUGAUGAUAUUGAAAGAGAGCUCUACAUUUGUCGGAAAUUGAUAGAAAAAGCUGUCAGUUCUGAAACCUGGGGUUCUGAGCUUUACUUCUGCUCCUUAUCCAAUCAGACUAUUGUUUACAAGGGGAUGCUUCGGUCAGAAGUUCUGGGAAUGUUUUACUAUGAUCUUCAGGAUGAACUUUACACAUCACCAUUUGCCAUUUACCAUCGGCGGUACAGUACAAACACUAGUCCUAGAUGGCCACUUGCUCAGCCGAUGAGGUUUCUUGGUCAUAAUGGAGAGAUCAAUACCAUACAGGGAAACUUGAAUUGGAUGCGAUCUCGAGAAGCAUCAUUACAGUCGCCAGUUUGGCGUGGCCGUGAAAGUGAAAUCCGUCCUUAUGGAAAUCCCAAGGCGUCUGAUUCUGCUAAUCUUGAUAGUGCAGCAGAGUUGUUGAUAAGAAGUGGGCGUGCCCCUGAGGAAGCUUUAAUGAUUCUUGUUCCUGAGGCUUAUAAGAACCAUCCAACCUUAAUGAUCAAAUACCCUGAGGUUGAAGAUUUUUAUAAUUACUACAAGGGGCAAAUGGAAACUUGGGAUGGACCUGCCUUGCUUUUAUUCAGUGAUGGAAAAACUGUUGGUGCUUGUCUGGAUCGAAAUGGUCUUCGUCCUGCAAGAUAUUGGCGUACAGUGGACAAUGUCGUCUAUGUUGCAUCUGAGGUGGGAGUUUUACCAAUGGAUGAAUCAAAAGUUACAAUGAAAGGGCGUUUAGGUCCAGGGAUGAUGAUAUCAGUUGAUCUCACCAGUGGUCAGGUUUAUGAAAAUACUGAAGUCAAGAAACGUGUAGCUUCAUCUAAUCCUUAUGGAGAGUGGGUAAAGGAAAAUCUGCGUUCAUUGAAGGCUGUAAACUUUCUUUCAGGAGCAGUUUUGGAAAGCGACACAAUCUUAAGAAAUCAACAGGCUUUUGGUUACUCAAGUGAGGAUGUCCAAAUGGUUAUUGAAAGUAUGGCUUCCCAAGGAAAGGAGCCUACAUUUUGCAUGGGAGAUGAUAUUCCGUUGGCAGUGAUGUCCCAGAAACCACAUAUGCUGUAUGAUUACUUCAAGCAACGAUUUGCACAGGUUACAAACCCAGCCAUUGAUCCCCUUAGGGAAGGGCUAGUUAUGUCUCUUGAAGUUAACAUUGGUAAGCGUGGGAAUAUAUUAGAGGUUGGACCUGAAAAUGCCUCACAGGUUAUUUUGUCCAGUCCAGUACUAAAUGAAGGGGAGCUGGAAGCGUUGGUAAAUGAUCCCUUACUAAAGGCCCAAGUACUGCCAACCUUCUUUGAUAUAAAGAAAGGAGUUGAAGGAUCUCUAGAGAAAAGACUUAAUCGGUUAUGUGAAGCUGCUGAUGAAGCUGUUAGAAAUGGUUCGCAGAUGCUUGUCUUGUCUGAUCGUUCUGAUGAGUUGGAACCAACUCGACCUGCCAUCCCUAUACUCCUUGCUGUUGGUGCUGUUCACCAUCAUCUAAUUCAAAACGGCUUGAGAACAUACACGUCAAUUGUGGUUGAUACUGCUCAGUGUUUCAGCACUCAUCAGUUUGCUUGUUUGAUUGGAUACGGUGCAAGUGCUAUUUGCCCAUACUUAGCAUUGGAGACAUGUAGACAAUGGCGAUUGAGCAAUAAAACCGUGAAUUUGAUGCGAACUGGAAAAAUUCCCACAGUUACAAUUGAACAAGCACAAAAGAACUUCUGCAAGGCUGUUAAAUCUGGUCUUCUUAAAAUUCUUUCAAAAAUGGGUAUCUCACUGCUUUCUAGUUACUGCGGUGCUCAAAUAUUUGAAAUAUAUGGGUUGGGAAAAGAUGUUGUUGAUAUAGCUUUCCGAGGGAGUGUCUCUAGCAUUGGUGGAAUGACUCUUGAUGAGCUUGCGAGAGAGACGUUGUCCUUUUGGGUUAAGGCAUUUUCCGAGGAUACAGCCAAAAGACUGGAAAAUUUCGGGUUUAUACAAUUCAGACCUGGAGGGGAAUAUCAUGUAAACAACCCAGAGAUGUCAAAGUUGCUUCACAAAGCUGUCCGCAACAAGAGCGAAAGUGCUUAUGCAGUUUAUCAGCAGCAUCUGGCUAACAGACCUGUCAGCGUUCUUCGUGAUCUUCUGGAGUUCAAAAGUGACCGGGCGCCUAUUCCUGUGGGUAGAGUAGAACCUGCUACAUCUAUUGUCGAACGCUUUUGUACUGGUGGAAUGUCCCUUGGAGCUAUCUCUAGGGAGACUCAUGAAGCAAUUGCCAUUGCGAUGAAUAGGUUGGGUGGAAAAUCCAACUCAGGAGAAGGUGGUGAGGAUCCAAUUAGAUGGCGUCCCCUGACCGAUGUGGUUGAUGGGUAUUCCUCUACUCUGCCUCAUCUAAAAGGUCUUCAAAAUGGAGACACAGCAACUAGUGCCAUUAAGCAGGUUGCAUCUGGACGUUUUGGUGUCACUCCAACGUUUUUGGUUAAUGCCGAUCAAUUGGAAAUCAAAAUUGCACAGGGUGCUAAGCCUGGUGAAGGAGGCCAAUUGCCUGGAAAAAAAGUUAGUGCAUAUAUUGCCCGAUUGAGAAACUCGAAACCUGGGGUUCCUCUUAUUUCUCCACCACCUCAUCAUGACAUUUAUUCCAUUGAAGAUCUUGCACAGUUAAUUUAUGACCUUCAUCAGAUUAACCCAAAGGCCAAGGUAUCAGUAAAACUAGUAGCAGAAGCUGGUAUUGGCACUGUUGCCUCUGGUGUUGCAAAGGGUAAUGCAGACAUCAUUCAGGUAUCAGGACAUGAUGGUGGAACUGGAGCUAGCCCAAUAAGUUCGAUUAAGCAUGCUGGUGGACCUUGGGAACUUGGACUUACAGAAACCAACCAGACCCUUAUUGCAAAUGGACUUAGAGAGAGGGUCAUUUUGAGAGUUGAUGGUGGGUUAAAAAGUGGGGUUGAUGUCAUGAUGGCUGCAGCAAUGGGUGCUGAUGAGUAUGGUUUUGGAUCGUUGGCAAUGAUAGCUACAGGCUGUGUUAUGGCUCGCAUUUGCCACACGAACAACUGCCCUGUUGGUGUUGCUAGCCAGAGGGAAGAAUUACGUGCCCGAUUUCCUGGUGUGCCUGGUGAUCUGGUGAACUACUUUUUAUAUGUUGCUGAGGAGGUAAGAGGAAUUUUGGCGCAGUUGGGUUUUGAGAAGUUGGAUGAUGUGAUUGGGAGAACAGAUAUUCUAAAACCAAGAGACAUCUCAUUGAUGAAAACUCAACAUCUUGAUCUCAACUACUUACUUUCUAGUGUUGGUUUACCAAGGAUGAGCAGCACUUCCAUCAGGAAACAGGAAGUUCAUACCAAUGGACCAGUGCUGGAUGAUCAAAUACUUUCAGAUCCUGAGAUUAUAGAUGCUAUUGAGAACGAAAAGAUUGUUAACAAAACUGUUAAGAUAUUCAAUGUGGAUCGAGCUGUAUGUGGCCGUGUAGCAGGUGUUAUUGCCAAGAAGUAUGGUGACACUGGUUUUGCUGGGCAGCUGAAUAUAACUUUUGAAGGGAGUGCAGGCCAAUCUUUUGCAGUCUUUUUGACACCUGGAAUGAAUAUCCGCCUUGUUGGAGAAGCUAAUGACUAUGUAGGAAAGGGUAUGGCUGGAGGUGAGUUGAUUGUUACUCCUGCAGAAAAUCCUGGAUUUUGCCCAGAAGAAGCUACAAUUGUUGGGAACACCUGUUUAUAUGGAGCAACAGGAGGUCAAAUUUUUGUAAGAGGUAAAGCAGGGGAACGAUUUGCUGUAAGAAAUUCACUUGCCGAGGCGGUUGUUGAGGGUACUGGUGAUCACUGUUGUGAAUAUAUGACUGGUGGUUGUGUUGUCAUACUUGGAAAAGUUGGUAGAAAUGUUGCUGCCGGCAUGACUGGAGGUCUGGCAUACAUACUUGAUGAAGAUGAUACUCUCAUUCCAAAGGUAAACAAGGAAAUUGUGAAAAUUCAGAGGGUGACAGCUCCUGUUGGGCAGAUGCAACUCAAGAGUUUAAUUGAAGCUCAUGUUGAAAAAACCGGAAGCUCCAAAGGUGCUACUAUUUUGAAGGACUGGGACAAGUAUCUGCCACUCUUUUGGCAACUGGUACCACCUAGUGAAGAAGACACUCCUGAGGCUUCUGCAAUGUUUGAGCAACAAACUACUGAGGAGGAGGCCACUUUACAGUCUGCAUAGAGAGAAUUGCUACAACAUGUCAUUUCUUCACCUGAAGAUGUCCAGAUUACUCGUCACAAUUUGAAUUGGAAGAAGAGUGAAAGGUGGGGAGCGUUCAGCUGCACCUUCUGCUUAAUGUAUAGGGAUUGAUUUUGGAGCCUGUUAAGGCCACACUCUGCGCCUCAGCUGAGUUCCUUUGUCACGAGAUGAAGGUCUUCAUUUCUUCGACUUGGGACCUGAUCUAUUCAUGAAUGUCUUACUGUGAGGAGAACCGUAUAUAUUGCAACUGUAAAUUCUCUCAUACUUAACUGUCCUCAUUUUUUUGGGGGGUGUUAUUUUCCUUGAGAUCUAAUCUUAGAUCCUAAAGGUAUAUUGUUGACCUGCAGACAAGUGCUGCAUGUAAUUUGUGGAUCAACUUGUCCAAAAUUAUGAAUAACUUAAGUAAAUAUAAUGCGUCUUUGAUGCCUUAAAACUCUCAUUAAAUAAUCUUCCUAGUCUCAAAUUUUUGGAACCUCAUUCCAUUAGUUUUCUUAUUGACUGAUUCGAUAUGUAUAUAUUCUGCUACCCAUGAAAUAAAGCUGUAUAGUGAUGGAGUA